UGCAGCCAACAAGGUAUAGACUCAUUGAUAAGAAAACUCAAAAAUGUCACCCAUAUAAAAAGGUACACAAGACCAACAUCUUUUUUACAUUCGAAAGCCUUAACUUUUGAUCUGCACAUAGAAGAAAGAAUUCAAAACCUAAAGCAACAGAGAUAUGGCAAUGAGGCGACAAUCUGGGGUUACUACAGCCACUCCACCACAAGCUGUUCGUCCCGUAUAUGAGGAUUUCCAGCCAAAAUACGAACAGAAGCAAGAAGCAACAGAACAUAUUAUACAAGUUCAUCUUCCUGGUUUUGUGAAGGAGAGAAUAAAAAUCAGAUACGUGAACUCCUCUCGUACGCUAAGGAUUCAGGGAGAGCGGCCUCGUCAAGACAAUAGAUGGAGCCGUUUCAACCAAACUUUCUCAGUUCCAGAAAAUUGCGACGUCGACAAAAUUCAAGGAAGGUUUCUAAGUGGGAUUCUCACCAUUACAAUGCCCAAGAUAGCAAGAGUUGGUCCUGCUGCAGAAGACAAAACGGCAAAAGCAGCUCCAAGCCUUCCAAAGUCUACUCCUCAACCAAAGCUUCCAGAGGUUCCAGAGCAGAUUCCUCCUACGCCUGCUGCUUCAACUUCUGGGGUUGAAAAACCAAUGGAGGAGAAGAUCGCUCGAACUCCGAGUCUCAAGAGGGCUGCCACCGAGCCAAAAGUGGAAAAGGGUUUGGAAGAUAUUCCCCCAGAGGCAGCUACAACUGCCAUUAACGAAAGACAAAGGGUUGUGGAGAGUAGCCAAUCUCAGAGUCCACCGGGAGCCACGGCCACCACCGAGCCGAAAGCACAGAUGGGUCAAGACUUAGCUCCCCAAAAAGCUGCUUUAACCACAGAUACUCUGAAGCUAAUGGACAAAACAAGUAUGGAGUCAAGCGCUAAGCAGGUUGAUCAGAAGUCCAUUCCAAAGAAAGAUGUACUGAUUGAGGGAAAUGCGAAGGCUGGAGAAACAAAAGAACCUGAGAAAAUUGUGGAAAGUAGAAUGGUUAAGGGAAGGGAGAGUGGCGAGAAAAGCAGAGACUCUGUCAUGCCUGAAACCACUGCGCCAAAGAUUGCACAGACCGGAAAGGAGAAGAAAGAGAGACCUUCUGGUGUUAAGAAAGAGAAGCCCAAGGAGGAUUUCAGUUCUGAGAUAGGGAUGGGACUGAAGAAUAUGAUGGGUUCUGCUAAGCAUAGAGUGAAUGAUCUAGCCAAGAGGAUGAAUGAAGACGACAGGAAGAUGCUGGUAAAUAUAGGUGCAGCAGUGGUCGUGCUUGUGGCACUUGGAGCUUAUGUCUCCUACAGCUAUGGCUCCUCUGGAAAAUCCGAAAAGUAGUUCUAAUGUUAAUUUCUACAUGUUAACAAAAGCUUGAAGUUGUAAUCAUAAACAAUCUAUGAAUUCCAUUAUGCGGAAUAUAUACAGUAGGCAUGGACUCAUGUGAAAUACAACGAUAAAAUUUGAGACAUUCUGCACCUAAUCGUGUUCAA